AUGCGUACUCUGAGGGAGCAGCAAGAGAACGCCAGUGCUCGCGCGCAAGGCUUGCCUCUUGGUGAGGAUGAGCGAGAUGCGAGCACAGGUCCAAACGUUGCCAUUUCAAGUGUAGGGUGUCUCAAGCUCCCCAUCACGGAUGCCUCUCUUCCUGCCGCGGGCUUGCUGCCACUUUGUGCAGGAACGUCAGGUCUUGUGGGAACAGACUGGCAGGUACCGACGGGUCUGCCUGUCGCAAACAGCUGUGCCAAUGCGUCAUGCGAAGACGCACGAUCACACUCUGGGUCUGCGUCGGGAGGCGAUUCCGAAGUGAGCACAAGCCUCGUGUCCGGCGGCGCCUUGAGAGACCCUGCCACGCGACCGCACGCGCAAUCGCAACCGCAGGCUUCACCUCCUAAUGCGCAGAUGAACGACGCUUUCGAUGCUUUCAAUUCCGUCUGGAUGGCUCUGCAAUACGAGGAGCAAGAUUUGAGCACCGCGCACAAUCAACAGUCUUCUGCAUCCCCUUCUGUCGCCUUGUCUCGUCUUACGCCGGUUCAUGGCAAUAUGCAGUCUGCCUUUCCGGAGCACCAUAUUCGAUUCUCAGACGCGAUUCCAAUGUCUCCAGCGCCGCAACCUGCCGCCUUGCUCCAUCCAUCCUCGCGCUCUCCGCGCUCCUUGCCUUCAAUUUCACAUCCCAUGCCGCCUGGCCAGAAUCGCCAGGAGCGGCAGCAAGAUGCCCUCCAAGCGGCUCCGGGUGUCUCGACCGUCCCCACACCUACACAUCCCUUUCAACAGUCUCAGUCAGCGUUUAGUCUGCACGGCGACGUGGUUCACGGCGCCGUGGUUCACGGCGACGUGGUUCACGGCCUGGAUCAACUAUUCUCCUCCAUCGCCUCCUGCGUCCCAUCAACUUCUACGCCCUGUCCGCACGCGAUGAGCAUGCCGCCGGCCACGAGUUUGUCUCCUCGACACUCUCGGUACGUCGCCGAGCCGUUGUCAGACUUAAACUCGUCUCUUUCGCGACAGACAUGCCAGACUCCUCGCGCGCUUGCCAUUCCACGCACCUUAUCCACUGCUGGUAUCACACUCUCCCUCGUUCGAAGCCUUGCAGCCGACUUUGUCACUUCUUUAGUCUGCACGCUGCCGCCUUUCAUUCAUCCGAGCCUUUACACGCCCCGCCCUUCUAACGUGGACGGCCACGCCUCGUCUCCCGCAUCUACUCGGCUAUCUGGCAAAUCUUCCCGAUCUCAGUCCUUCUCGCCGAUGGCAACAAGCUCUGAUUGCUCGGCGCCUACGCGAACGGCGAAAAGCGACACUAGUGAAGAUCAGGCUCCAUACUUGCCACCACCCUUGUUCUGCGCUCGCAAAGUUGCGACGCUCUGCUUGGGGGCGAAGACGAAGGCGGAGACAGACUUCGCAUUCGAUGUGCUAGAUCUAGCUCGCACUCGUCUUUUCGACUCCGGAUUUGACGACGUGCUCGAUCUCGAGCGUCUGGCAAAGACCCAAGCUUUGCUCGUCUUUCAAAUACUGACGCAGCUCUGGGGAGGUCAGAAACAUCGAUCCAUCGCUUGCGCCAGGCAGCGAGACCUCAUUGAGGCAGCUGCCGGCCUCGUCGAGAGCGGCAUUUGCGAUGCCCCUUCUGACCCGCACAAUUGGUCCGAGUGGCUCGUUGCAGAAAGCAAGAGGAGGACCGUCUUUGCAUUUGUGCUGCUAGACGUGCUCAUCGCCACUUCGAACGGCACUACGCCGCUCACUUGCAAGAGAAUUCUGGACGUCCCCCUGCCUUCGCGUUCGCCCUUGUGGUCCGCGCCCAACAGGAGCACGUGGCAUGCCGCAUGUGUUCCAACAAUCCCUCACCCAAACUUCAACGAGCUCUCGAGGAUCUCGGACGCGGAGGGAGUUAAAGCCAGCGCCCGGGGAAGGGAAUUGAGCGCAUCAUUUGCAAAGAUUGAUGGCCCAACGGCGCCCACUGGAAAGUCGCUUCUCGAUGGCUCCGUCUCUCCGCCUUGCGCCACCUCUCUCGACGCUUUUGGUACGCACGUCAUGCUCACCGUCACCAGCUUCGACUUUCGAGAUCAGGUUUCCGUGGCCGCCUAA